UAAAACCCUCCCCAGGAUGGGGCCAGUGUCCUGCUCCUAGCUGUGCUCUACCUCGCUCCUCUGUGCCACUACAUCCUACAGACAAACGGGCAGCGGCCAAGCCAAGCUUUCAUCAUGAACGACAUCUACAAAGCAGCGGUAGAGCAGCUGACAGACGAGCAGAAAAAUGAGUUCAAGGCAGCCUUUGACAUCUUCGUCCAGGAUGCAGAGGAUGGCUGCAUCAGCACCAAGGAGCUGGGCAAGGUGAUGAGGAUGCUGGGGCAGAACCCCACCCCUGAGGAGCUGCAGGAGAUGAUCGACGAGGUGGAUGAAGACGGCAGUGGGACGGUGGACUUUGACGAGUUCCUGGUGAUGAUGGUGAGGUGCAUGAAAGACGACAGCAAAGGAAAGACAGAGGAGGAACUGGCAGACCUCUUCCGCAUGUUUGACAAGAAUGCGGACGGCUACAUAGACCUGGAAGAGCUCAAGGGGAUGCUGGAGGCCACAGGGGAGGCCAUCACCGAGGACGACAUCGAGGAGCUCAUGAAGGACGGCGACAAGAACAACGACGGGAAAAUCGACUAUGACGAGUUCUUGGAGUUUAUGAAAGGAGUAGAAUAAACAGCAUCAAGAGAAGACAGAGUCCGCUGACCCUUAGUGAUAUUUUUUUUCUAUUUCUCUUCAACAUCAUAGACAUCUACGGAAAGCCGGGAGGUUGACUUUUGGAUGUCAUCGGCAGAACUUCUGAACGACUUUGCAAGGCUUAGGUCAAUAAUCUGAUUGCUUUUAGAACUUUUUUACAAUUUCUUGCAUUGUUGUAAAUACUGUCUGUAACCUGUUUUAGGUGCCCCAUACACUGCGUUUGAGUAAAUGUAACCGACCAAAAUACUCACAUUAACAACUCACACAUCACUUCAGUUUGCCUACUUGAACUAUGCAUUAUUGUUUGACUUCAAAUGCAUAUGAAUUUCUGCAGUGCCACAAACAGUUUACAAAUCUCUUAUUUUUCCAAGUUGCUGAUGUUGUGCUGCCGGACAGAAUGAUGUUUGAAAAACAUCCUUUUAGGCAUAGGACAGUACAUCUGUCCCUGUAAGUCCCUGUAAUUAUACCAUACUUUGAUUAGCCCGUUAGUAGUCUAAACAUACAUUGACAUGCAAUGUAGCCACAGCGGCACAAUGCAACGGUUGUAUGUAUUAACAGAUUCCCUCAGGGCCAUCUAAUCUGCUGGAGAGCCUGUGGUGGAUGUACACACCAUACGUCUGCUUAGAAUGUACAGUCAAGUAAUACAUGUGUUCGCCAAAGCAACGCCUGGUUUGACUGAUGUCGUAUCUGUUUGGAAGUGUUUGCUUCGAUGGAGUGUUUUUGAGCGGAAAUUAUUCUUUACCAUGAGAAUAUUUUUCUUUAUAUACAAGUAUGGGGUAAAACUCAAUAAGAUCAUGUACGCCGUUGGUAUGAAUCUUUCAUUAUAACUUGUGAACUUCACUAUUUACUCCAACUCUUCAGA